ACCACGAUGCGCAGCGGAGAAGCUGUGAUUGGAGAUUGUUAGAGGAGCUGCGGUCAAGAGCAGUCGAGCUCUGGGUCUCUGUUGGUCUUCGUUAGGGUGGCUGGGUAUCUGUUUGGGGCUGGUUGGUCUUCAGUUAGGUGGCUGGGGGUCCUGAAGUAUUCAUGGCUGAAAAGCAGCUGGAGGAUCCUAAGUCCAUCCCAGCAGAGCAGACCAAGAUGUAUUCACAGAACCAGUUCAGUCUGAGAACACCGCAGCCUGGACACAGACAGUCCACACGUAGGGAUCCUAAGAAGUGGGUGAGGUCUGGGUGUGUUAAUGGGGUGCAGCCUAGCAGGGCCAUGAAGUCCCAUCACUCCCCAGAGAACGCGGCCAGGGAGAGGAGCCGUGUGCGUAACCUCCGUCAGGCCUUCCACAGCCUGCAGGCAGCCCUGCCCUCCGUCCCCCGUGACACCAAGCUCUCCAAGCUGGACGUGCUGGUCCUGGCCACCGACUACAUCGCCCACCUUACUGAGACCCUGGAUCAGGGAGGGCCUCUGUCUGAACUCCCACUACCCCCCAGGGCAGGGGGCUACCUCCACCCAGUCAAGAAGUGGCCGAUGCGCUCCUUGCUGUACUGUGGGAGUGUGGGAGGACUGCUGUCAGCCAAUCAGACGCCAGUGUCAGGAGAGAAGGAGACACAUCCACUGACCUCUAACCCAGAGGUCAACAUGGACAGAUCCAUUUAGUAUUAGGAGCGAUGAAAUACCAAUAUAUCCAACUGUGCUGCUUAUGAAACUGCAGUGAAUUGCAACGUACAUGUAAUGUACUUGCUGAACACAGAAACUCCUACAAUGUCCAGGGGAUUAGAUACAGUGAUUAAGAUAUAAAAUACAAAACCAAAGGAUCGCUUUGCUUAGCACAUUGUACCACUUAUUUAUUACACUGCAUAAAACAUAAAUCACUAAAAGUGUGUAAAAUAAUUUGUUAUGAUCAAAGAGUGCAAUGUUUUUUUUUGUUGAGGGUCUCAAAGCAAUGUUGACCAUUUCAGUGACUUAUUGUGUUUUUAGCUUUAAGAUUAAUUAAAGUUGAUCUUUAUCCCUGUCUCCUGGAUUUGUUUUAUUUUUAGUGUUGUAGUUGUGUUUGGGGUGGGAGUGAAAGGAUGGACAGAUUAACAGAAGGGGAGGAUUGUUGUGAGAACACUUGGCAACCAUGUAUUCAGCUGUGGAGCCCUGAGUACUAGUCCAUAUCUGUGUAAUAAUGCUCGCUUGCGAGUAAACAUUUAUUCACACAGCAAACUUUGCUAAGUUGAUGUAAAUUACACAUUAUGGCUUUGU